GGAAGGUCCCAGACACUAAGAAGAAACGAGAGUGUUUUCUAUUCUGCAUUCCGCUGAGAUUUUGAGGCAGUCACUUUAUCGCCGAGGAGAUGGAUCGAGGGCAAGGAGGGAAUGGCAGAGCAAUCCGAAGGCAAGUACUAUCGCUCUUAGUCUUGUCGCUUUCCUACCGGGCCGUCUCCGAACAGAUUCAUUAUUCGAUCCCCGAGGAGAUGUCAAAAGGUUCUAUAGUGGGGAAUCUUGCAAAGGAUCUAGGACUGGGUCUCAAAGGACUGGCAAGUCGCAAAAUGCAUGUCAUCUCUGUGGACAAGGUGCAGUAUUUCACAAUUAGUGCAGGAAAUGGAAACCUCUGUGUGAAUGACAGGAUAGAUAGGGAAGAAAUAUGUGGCCAAAUCCCACGAUGUGUUCUUAAUCUUAAAGUGGUUAUUGAAAAUCCGUUAAAUAUUUACCAUCUAAAAAUAGAGAUACAAGACAUUAAUGAUAAUUCUCCACAGUUUCUCAAUAGCAUAAUCCAGUUGGAGAUAAUUGAAACCACACAAAUAGGCACCAGAUUCCUUCUUGGGAAUGCCAAAGAUCCAGACAUCGGCACAAAUGCUUUACAGAAUUAUCAUCUUAGCACCAAUCCUUACUUUACUUUGGAUGUGAAAGAGAGUCAAGAUGGAAGUAAAUUUGCAGAUUUAGUACUGCAGAAACCACUUGAUCGUGAGAGUGAACCAACAGUUCAGCUAACACUUACUGUGCUAGAUGGCGGGAAACCCAGAAAAACUGGAACAGCCCAAAUAUGGAUCAAUGUCACUGAUGCCAAUGAUAAUCCACCUAUAUUUACCCAAGAAAUCUACACUGUCAAUCUGAGGGAAAAUCUACCAGUUGGGUUCCUGGUGCUGCAACUUGUAGCUUCAGAUAAAGAUGAAGGCUCAAAUGCACAAAUCAGAUAUUAUUUCAGCAAUAUACCGCUGAGUGCAAAUAAGAAAUUCAGCCUAGAUUCAACCAGUGGAAUGAUUUCUCUUGUGGAACCAUUGGACUUUGAGGAAAGCUCAGAAUAUGUGAUGACUGUAGCAGCAAAAGAUGGAGGUGGAUCAAUGACCCAUUGUAAAGUAGAAAUAAAGGUCCUUGAUGAGAAUGAUAAUGUGCCAGAAAUUAUAACUGCAUCUGUUUUUAGUCCCAUUCUGGAAGAUUCUCAGUCUGGGACAGUUAUUGCUCUCAUCAAUGUACAUGACAGAGAUGCUGGUGAUAAUGGAAAAGUCAUUUGUUAUUUAGAAAAUGACUUUCCAUUCAAGAUUCUUCCAUCAUCUGAUAACUACUACACUCUCUUGACAGAUAAACCUUUAGACAGGGAAAAAGCAUCUCAGUAUAAUAUUACAAUCACAGCCACUGACAAAGGAACUCCUCCAUUGACCACCCACAAAACCAUCUUGCUACAGAUCUCUGAUAUCAAUGACAAUGCUCCUGCUUUUGAAAAAGCUUCCUACAGCAUCUAUGUGCCAGAGAAUAAUCCUUCUGGUGCCUCCAUCUUCCAGAUUCAAGCCUUUGAUCCGGAUGUGGAUCAAAACUCACACAUCACAUAUUCAAUCCUCACCAGCAACAUUGAAGAACUUCCCAUCUCCUCCUAUAUCUCCAUUCACUCUGAGACCGGCAUCAUCUACGCCCAGCGAUCCUUUGACUAUGAGCAGUUCAGGGACUUCCAGCUGCAAGUGAAGGCCAAAGAUGGCGGGAGUCCCCCUCUCAGCAGCAACGUCACAGUCAAGGUGUUUAUCCUGGAUCGGAAUGACAACAGCCCCCAGAUCCUGUCCCCUUCACCAGACUCCAAGGACUCUGCCCUCUUUGAGAUGGUCCCUCGUUCAGCCGAGGCAGAUUAUCUGGUAACAAAGGUGGUGGCCGUGGAUGCUGAUUCUGGACACAAUGCCUGGCUCUCCUACCAGCUGAUUCAAGCCACAGAACCGGCCCUCUUCACUGUUGGCUCCCAUACGGGUGAGAUCAGGACAACAAGAACCUUUUUGGAAAGAGAUGCUGUGAAACAGAGACUGGUCCUUCUGGUGAAGGAUAAUGGACAACCGACUCUCUCGGCCUCUGUCACUCUGAACCUGGUGUUUGCUGAGAACUUCCAAGAGGCCCUUCCAGAGAUGAAAAACCAGAUGAAGAGUUCAGAGGAUCAGUCGGACUUGCAAUUCUAUUUGGUGGUGGCCUUAGCUGUGAUGUCAUUCCUAUUUCUCUUGACAGUGAUUCUGGCAAUUGCAAUGAAACUCAGGCAGUCAGGAAAUUCCAGUUUCUUACCAUGUUUUGCUCCCGUUUCCCAUUCCACAGCUGGAGUCAUAUUUCCAUCUAAUUUUCAAGAUGGAACCCUGCCUUAUUCCUACCAACUUUGCCUCUCCUCGGAAUCCAGAAAGAAUGAAUUUACCUUCCUGGCACCAAACAUUCAUAUUGCAGAGAAUGUGCUUUGUGGUGAAAAAACUGAGGUGCCUCUUUCAAGCAAUGGAGGAAGCAGUUUGCAUCCUAAGGUGGAAAAUAAGGGGAAGGUAAAUAUUAAUUAAAAUCAAAUUCCAUAGAUUUAUCUCCUAGGAAACAGUACAUUGCUGCACCUAUUAUUCAGAAGG